GUCCCCCAUCUCCUCUUGCAUUUAUUCUUUGAAACACCUCAAAUCCCCAAGAGAUAAGUAGAGAAAGAUAGCUACCAUUUCCACCACCGCCACUGCUUAACCAUUACCUAAUUCAGAAACCGAGAAGGCAAGGUAAAGAUCGCAUUGAAUAAUCGGCUUAAUGAGAAUGGCAAGAACAGCUUCUUCUCUUUUUGUCUCGCUCUGCAUAAUCACAUCACUACUACUUUCCCAAGCCUUAGCUAGCUCAGAGCAGGUGGCGGCCGGGUGGCUAAUGCCGAUGAUGACAGCCGGUUGCAAAGGAACGAUUGCUGAGUGUCUAUCCGACACCGAUGAAGAAUUCGAUCUGGAUUCCGAGGCCAACCGGCGUAUCCUAGCCGCUCGCCGCCGCUACAUCAGCUACGGCGCGCUCCAGAGGAACAGAGUCCCCUGCUCCCGGCGCGGUGCCUCCUACUACAACUGCCGUCCUGGCGCUCGAGCCAACCCCUACUCCCGUGGAUGCUCCGCCAUCACUCGCUGCAGGAGUUAAAAAUUUCUUUCACUACUGCUAUUACUUUUUAAUUGAAAUUUUUUUUUAUCAUUUUUUAACUCUUAUUUUUCGAGAUUGAGUGUUAUGUAUAAGAGGAAAAUGAAGAUUUAGGGGUUUGUUAAUGGUGAAUUAUUGAUGUUAUUUUCGAUGUUGGAAUAAUAAUAAUAAUACCUACUCUUGUUGUAUUGAA